AUGAACGACAUUGAAACCAUUUCUUCAUCUGAUCAUUUUAUAAAUUCAGACCCAAACCAUCGAACUUAUACUUAUUCCCAGCAGCAACAGCAUCAGCAGCAGCAAAAACAACAACAACAACAACAACAAGUACCAGGUGUUACUGGAGAGCCAUCACAAUUGGAACUUUUACAAAAUAAUACAAAGACAACUUUGUCAUCGCCAUCACUAGUAUCACCGGUGAUACUACAUACGCAACCUCAACGAAGUCACAUCAACACUUUGUCAUCGAUACACCAGCAACAACAACAGCAACAACAUCAGCAGCAGCAACAUCUUCAACAGCAACAACAUCUUCAUCAGCAAUACAAAUUUCGAAGAUCCCCAUUACACCCUUCCUCAAAGUUAUACACUCAGCCAUACCCCUCGUUUAGUUCCGAGUGGGUCGAAGAAGACGAAGAAGACGAACAGGAAGAACAGGAAGAACAAGAACCUGAUACACCAAGUAAACAACAAAAAUUUAAAAAUAAAAACAUGAGUGCGACUAUGACAACUUCGAAAGUAGAAACACCGCUCAAGUUUAGAACAAACUUGAACAAUCAAAGCUAUUCGUUAUCAAUUGAGGAAAAGGCCGAUAAGAUGGAACAGCAGAGCGAUGCAGCCUCGAUAAUGACAUCAGCGACUCCUAUGACCCACACUUCUUCCAAGGAGAAAGCAAAAAACUCUCCUAGUGAAUGGAAAAUAUUUUGGCUUAUGCUCAACGAUAUUGUUGGCAAGGACAAAUUUGCCAAAGUCGGACAGUACACAUUACGAUUACUUGUGCAUCACGCAAACCAAACGCAAAACUAUUUAUCCGAUGAGAAAGUCAACAUCAAACAAAUCAAUUUAAGAUAUAACGAUGCAUCAAAGCAGCUUGACCUAUUCAAAAAUUUUCUAAAACAUCCACAAGAUUUCUUUAGAAUAAUUGUUAUAUUGGUCUGCUCCAUUUUCAAAUUGCGAGUUGCGGGAAUGAUUAAUGGUCUUAGCAUGUAUCGUCAAUUUCUCCGGUUCGGUAAGACGCCUUUCCGAAUCCAUGAUCUAGUGAAGAAAGUGCAAGAAAAUGUUCAUUCAAAAACCAUUAAUAAGCAAUUGUUUAGUCGAAGUACGUUAUCUCAAGUGGCCUCGCUUUACUAUGGAAUCAAUGACGAAUCCAUCUUACUAUACAAGCUAAAUGUUCUUACAAAUCCGUGGUACAAAUCAAUAGUGAGUAGACACGAGUCAUAUGCAUGGUAUCUGGAAACUUGGAUUGCUCUCUACAAUGCAUAUGAAAAAUUGGGCAAACUUUCAGAAGAAAGGAUCAAUUUACAAAUACAAAUUCAUGUCAAGGCCAAAGCUAAGGCAAUGGCUAAGCAAUUCAGCAAUGGAAACAUGCACCAGGGUAAUGGCGGGGCUAAUUUUCUCAACAUGUUCAAGAAUACAAAUUCUGGUGCAAACAAUGGUGAUGAUGAGCUGAAACCCAAAUUGUCUAUAGAAGAACAAAAACAGUUGGAGGAUUUACUGUUUAAGAUUCACAACACAUGGAUCGAUAUAUACAAAAACUUGGCUGAUUUGGGAUUCAACACGUACACUGUAUUUAAGUUGAAAUUACCAUUUCAAACAUGGCAGAUUUGGAUGGGUAUUACCGCUAGUGUCUUGAGCAGUAUUAAGUUGUAUAGGGAGACCAAAAGAAAACUAAUUAUGGAUGAAGAAGAAAGUUAA